AUGAGUGGAGGACCUUUAGAGGUGUCCGUGUCCGUGGACCGUGAACAUGUGAAGAGAGAUUACGAUGACACUUGUGUGACCACCUUUUUGCCCUUUAGCUCCACUAUAUAUUCACACAUUAAUACAUAUGGAUUCUCUACGUGCCGACUCUUCGUCUUUUCUUGCUCCAGCGACGACGACGACGACGACGAGAGAGAGAGAGAAUCUUUGUGGUACUCUUUGAUUUUCCUUCACGCUUUGAUUGUGCUGGAGUCGAAUCUGAUAGAGGGAAAUGGCGGAGGAGUACAAGGAAGCGUUUACCACGAGGGAUGUCCGGGAUGUAAGGUGGAUCAGAUGAAGCAGCUCCGGCGAGGAUAUCCUUACCUCGAGCUUUCCUUCGUUUGGAUUAUCGUCCUCUCCACUUCUCUGCCGAUUUCCUCACUCUAUCCUUUCCUCUACUAUAUGAUUGAGGAUUUUGGUGUUGCAAAGACGGAGAAAGAUAUUGGGUUUUAUGCUGGAUUUGUGGGAUGCUCAUUUAUGCUUGGCAGAGCAUUGACAUCAGUGUUUUGGGGCAUUGUGGCUGACCGUUAUGGAAGAAAGCCAAUCAUACUUUUGGGAACUAUCUCAAUAGCCAUUUUCAAUGCUCUUUUUGGCUUGAGCGUAAACUUUUGGAUGGCAAUUGGCACGAGGUUUCUUCUUGGGAGUUUCAACUGCUUGCUUGGAACAAUGAAGGCAUAUGCGUCGGAGAUAUUUCGUGAUGAAUAUCAAGCUACAGCAAUGUCAGCUGUUAGUACUGCUUGGGGCAUUGGACUGAUCAUUGGCCCCGCUCUAGGGGGCUUUUUAGCACAACCGGCAGACAAAUAUCCAGAUGUUUUCUCCAAAGACUCCAUUUUUGGAAGAUUCCGGUAUGCGUUACCGUGCUUCACGAUAUCAGCUUUUGCAUUGGUUGUGACAGUACUAUGCUGCUUCAUUCCGGAAACACUGCACAAUCACAAGCAGAACGGCACAUCACAUGAUGACUCAUACGAUACACUUGAAGCUGCAUCUCGUGAAUCCACUGCUUCUACUGGAAAAGCAGGAGAAAACGAAAGAAAGGCUUCUCAUGGGUCUCUGUUGAAGAAUUGGCCCCUAAUGUCAUCUAUCAUUGUGUACUGUGUUCUUUGUCUACAUGAUACUGCAUACUCUGAGAUUUUUGCAUUAUGGGCAAAUAGUCCAAGGAAAUAUGGAGGUCUGAGCUACUCAACCAACGAUGUUGGUACGGUUCUUGCAAUCUCAGGUCUCGGCCUAUUCUCCUUUCAGGUUUUUGUUUAUCCUUUCGCUGAGAAGCUGCUAGGACCUGUACUGGUCACCCGUUAUGCCGGGGCACUGAUGAUACCAAUACAGAUGAGUUAUCCAUUUAUAGCAAACAUGUCAGGUCUCAGUCUGAGCUUAAUGUUAAAUUGUGCAUCAAUCCUCGUAAAUGUGCUAAGUGUGUCUGCCAUAACGGGCUUGUUGAUUCUGCAAAAUAAAGCUGUGGAUCAGAGUCAAAGAGGAGCGGCUAAUGGAAUUGCCAUGACUGCGAUGUCUCUGUUUAAGACCGUUGGACCAGCUGCCGCUGGCAUCUUAUUUUCUUGGAGCGAGCGGCGACUACAAGCCGCAUUUCUACCAGGAUCGCAUAUGGUGUUCUUCGUCUUGAAUCUGAUAGUCGUGGUUGGAGUAGCUCUCACGUUCAAGCCAUUUCUAACCACGGCUCGAAGAUUCGAAAGAAACAGUAAUCAAAUUUAA